AUGACCGUGGCCACCUUCGAAGGCGAGUUCGAGGAGUUCUUGCAGGACACCCCGGAGAUGUUUGAGGCCUUGACCACAUACAUCGAGGAAGUUUUUGCCACUGCUGAUGAUGUCGAUGAGGUGUUUUCGGAAGAGGAUGAUGAAGCAUAUGUGAUGCCCUCCGUUGAAACCAGUUUGCAGUUCAAGUCAUGUCAUGCCGAAUGUUUCAUGUUGACCCAUGAGUGCAACCCUGUGAUUCUCAUGCCGCCAAUGGUCAGCAUGCUCAAGACGAUUGCCGAGGCCAUCAUUCACCUGCUGACCUUGCUUCUCCAGAUCUUUGUGCAUCAGUUGGAGAAACAAGAAGUGAUCACCGAGACGGAGAUCGAAACCGAUCCCCAGAUCCAUGGACAACUGCAAGAGAUGAUGAAUCAGAUCAACAUGCAGAAGACGGCAUUGGAGAAUCUCAAGGACGAGCUCAUGGUCCAAAAGAAGCCCAACGAACGCAAGAGUCGUGGACCCAUCAUGGGAGCAGGCACAGGUGCUUCCGCCGGAAGUUCAACAGUGCUGAUGUCCCUGCCUCAGACCACGAUGACCCACUGUCGGGGAAAAGCUCCCUGGGUCGUAUCUCAUGCGGCCAGCUGGGAAGAGAUCGAGGAGAUCGAGGAGGUGAUGAUUCAACAAAACAUCCAGAUGACCCCAGUGAACGAGCCCAACAAUCGUGGUGCUCCACCAGUUCCCACGAUGCCACUUCCAGGAAACCUGACUCUGGAAGAAUGGGGGAGCCAUGUGAUCUCCUUUGGGCGAAAGCACAAGGGGAAGUCCUUCGAGACGGUCAUGCGUCAGGACCCCGGGUACUUCCACUGGAGCCUAGCUCGGUACUCGAGCCUGAUGCCGGAGCAACAAGACUUCGUUCGAUUUGGACAACUCUGGAUGACGAGGGGCGCUAUGAUUUCAUCACCUGAGGCUCAGCAGUUCCGCGCAGAAGUUCUAGCAGCUCAAAAGGAUCUUCAGACCAAUGCAACUGUCAAGAACCACAGUUCCAGCUUGAUCCAAUUGGAUGCUUUUGCUUUUGUCCGACAGCAUACUGUGGCAGCCCGUUUUGAUAUGCCAGAAGUUCCUCCGACAGCAUGUUCAUCGUCCGAAAGUUGGCAAGCUGUGUUUGAGGAAGCUCAGACCUUUGCACCACGAGUAGGCAACACCCGAUGUCCUGCAAUUCAACCGCAUGGAAAUGUGGAUGUCUUGGGCCGGCCACCAACCGGUGUUUAUUCUGACCCUGCUGGGGAAUUCCGUGCUGGACACUGGCUUGAUUUUUUGCAACAGCAAAACAUAGAGUCACGUUUGUCCACCGAAGCAUGGCAGAAGGGACGCAUAGAGAGACAUGGUCAAAUUGUCAAGAACAUGUUGGAUCGCUUUGAUCAAGAGAAGAAAAUUGAAGACGUUCAGGAGUUCGACCAAGUCCUUCAGUCUUGCUUCCAAGCCAAGAAUGCUCUAGCUCGUCACCAAGGUUUCUCUCCAGAACAAAUUCUGUCAGGAAAAGCCACGAAAGUGUCAGCCUCACUUACUUCGGAUGAGCAUGCUUCAGCCCAUAGCCUAGCUGACGGUUCCGAUCUAGAAAGUGAAAUUUUCCGCAGAAACCUUGACAUCCGUUCCAGAGCAAGACGCAUGUUUGUGCUUGCCGAUAAUGACUCAGCGAUCCGCAGAGCUUUACUUCGCAAGUCACAACCGCACCCAGGAAACUAUGAAAUAGUUGAUGCAGCCGAGACCGAGAAUGUUCUGUCAUGCCACGAAAUCAGUGACUUCCUCCAUGAGGAUCUCAUGCAGUGGUCUCAGUCUUCCCAUCCGGAAGAACUAGCACAGGUGGCUUCGGCUGGGAAAAGAGCCCGAGCAGAAGUUCAGAUCAAAGAUCUGACCGCAGCCGAGCGAAAGCUUUUCGACACUGCCAAAGUGGGUCCUGACAUGGAAGAAUGUAUGCAAUGA